GGCUUGGCCUGCCUGGCAGGUGCAUGCAUGGCCCAAUGCCCUAACAUCUUGCCAUCAAUUUGAUACCUCACCCCAAUAACGGCUGCAGGUACCUUGUUGACCUCCCCACUUUGGAGCCCCACUCACCUUAUUGUUUGGAGCUCUCCUCAACGUCCACUCCUUUGUCUCUCCCAAACAUCACCGCUUGUUCACAACCAUAUCUCUCUAUCAUUGGCAGAUACCCCGACGGAAGUAAAGAGACAUAAUGGCUUUCACACUUGACGAGAACUUGUUGAGCCAGCUCGAAGCCGCUUGGAAUGGCGGAGAUAAACCGCUCGACACAUUGGCCAAUCUUCUGGAAAGAAUCGGUGAUGGCGUCAGAGAUCCCAGCUUAAGAGACCCUCUCAGAGAAUCCGGCAUCCUAGACUUUGUCUUGAAACUACUACCAACGGAAGAGCUGGAUCUGAGCUUGAAGCGCCAGUGUUUGCGUGUGCUUGGAAAUGGAUGUGCCGACUGCGAUGAGAACAGAGCCAAGCUGGUUGAGUCCGGCCAGCUUCGUACUGUCAUCCGCUUUCUGAACGACAGGUCUCUUCUUCCUCUGUUGUUGCCCGUUUUAUACAACGUCAUUGUUGAUUAUGAGCCGGCACAACUUCAGGUGUGUGAAGCAGGAUUAAGCAAAGCUCUUGUAGCUCUCUUGCAAGAAGGUUCGCUUCAACCAGGAGGAGAUCACGACCAAGUUCUUCAUCUCAUCAACAACAUCUUCGAGUUACUUGUUAGCCAAAAACCUGAACCAGAAGUCGCCGACCCCUCCACCCCCGCCGUCUUCCUCGCUCUCGCCGGCGGCUCCCCCACCGGCCUUCCCUCCCUCGAGCUCUUCAACGGCUUCUGCACCGUCGCCCUCGCCUACCUGACCUACGAGUCCCUCCAACCGUCCUUUCUCUCCUCCGCCUCCAACAUCCUCCACCUCCAACAAGCCUUCUACAACGCCUGCUACUCGUACGAGAACUUGGACGAACCCGACCUCGACGACCUCGACCAGCUCAAAACCGUCUGCACGACCUUCGUCACCUUGCUGGCUGACCUCUCCGCCCACCCUUCCUUCUCCGAGCUCUACCCCAUCUCCUCCUCCAGCCCCGUUUCCAAAAAGUUUCUCCUCUGGCUGUCCUCCGAAAAAUUCGCAAACCAACACCUCCGCACCGCGGCAUGCUUAUGUCUCGGCAACCUCUCCCGCUCCGACGAAGCCAGCACCGCGCUCGUCGCGGACCCUACUAUCCACGUGCACACCCACCUGGCGUCUCUCCUCGCGCAAGCGCUCGACCCUGACGAGAAAUCCGUCCCCGCCACCCCGCAGCUCUUACACGCUAUUCUGUCGUUUGCCAAGAACCUGGCCAUCCCGCAGGGCAACAAGAUGCCGCUCGGCGAAGCUUUCCUGCCGGAGUUGCUGGCGGGGGCGUGGAUCAAGACGGCGGUGCAGCCGCAGGUGCAGUUUGCUGCUGUGUCGCUGGCGAGGCUGUUGUUGGUUAACUCCCCCGGCAAUGUGGCCAAGCUGUGUAAGCCCUUGGCUGCAGACUUCAAGCAUACGGAGAAGGAGGGGGAGGUGAAGAGUUACUUCCACUUACUGAUGACGCUUGGCGCGAGAUCGGAUCUGGAGCCGACCAAGAUUGAGACGGCCAGGGGGGUGAUGAGUGUUGUUAGGGCUUUGCAGCAGGCUACUACUGCUGCUCAGGAGGAGGGAGAGGACAAGGUUGAGGUUUUGGAUGAGAUGACGCGCGAGGAGUUUUAUGAGGUGCAUGGCCCGUUGGUUGCGAAGCACUUGACGCAUUUGCUUGCGCAGGGGAAGUACCCGGCUUUGAGGUCGGAAGUGCUGUUUGUGCUGGCGUUGCUUGCGAGGUCGACGGAUGGGGGAGCGAGUGUUGUGUUGAGGGUGUUGAAUGAGGGGACGGAGGCGGUCAAGAAGCUGGCGGUUGCGGUUACGGGGAGUGAGGAAGUUGCUGCUGGGCUGGUGGAGGGCGAGAGUGGUGAUAGUGGCAGAAUCGAGGAGGUUACGGAUGAGAAGGACGAGAAGGAGGAUAAGCCGACUGAGGUGACGUCGAUCAUGGAAGGGCUGAACCUCAACCCUCAACAGGCAGAGACGAAGCCGUCGGCUGCUGCUACGGCCAAGGAUCGCGAGAACGGGUUGGUGUUGGUUGCGGAGAUUCUGAGGGCUCACUCGAGCGAGCUGAAGGGGCCGAGGAAGGGGGUGUUUGAGGAGAUUCUGAAGAAAGGAACUGAGUUGUUGCAGGAUGAUAGGAAGGGAAACUAGAUUGAAAGGGUGUUAGUAACACGAAUGUCAGCAAAGAAUAAUGGUCUGCAUCUUCACAUCAGGGAGUCAACGAUUCAGCAGACAAGUGAAACAAGGACGUGAUCAAAAACUAAACAAGAACUCAGGCAUUUGUUGCAAUCCGUAUGAACUCCCCGAUUGGUAUCAC